GUUUUCUCUCUGGUUUUUGAGCGAGUUGGGGGAGGGAGAAGGAAGGCGAAGGAGCUUUUUUUUUCUUUCCGUUUCUUCUUCUCCGUAGCUUGUAUUUAAAGGUGACAUUCCCUCUCCUCUCAACCCCUCCGUCUUGCUCUUGUUCGUCGUAGCUAGGGUUUUUCGCUCUCGCUCGCUAGCUCCGUCUCUCGCCGUUCUUUUACUGAGGUUCUAGCUCUGAAGGUCUGGUUCGGGAAGACAACACUGAUUCAUACUCUGUAGACAAUGGACUCGGUGGAUCCUGAUGGAAGUGGUCUUCAGGAGGCAUUGCCACCUCCCCCACCUGUUCUUCCUCCGGAUGUGGUGCCUGUUAAACUUGAAGAACCUGUUAAGAAGAAGCCUGCUCGUCUUCCCAUGGCUAGGCGUGGCACUGGAACUAAAGGACAGAAGAUCCCCUUGCUGACCAAUCACUUCAAAGUGAAUGUGACCAAUAUGGAGGGCCAAUUCUACCACUAUAGUGUUGCUCUCUUGUAUGAAGAUGGGCGUCCUGUGGAGGCUAAAGGUGUUGGAAGGAAGGUUCUUGACAAAGUGCAGCAAACCUACAGCAGUGAAUUGUCUGGAAAGGAAUUUGCAUAUGAUGGUGAGAAGAGUUUGUUCACCAUUGGGCAAUUGCCACUGAACAAGCAUGAGUUCACUGUCGUUCUGGAAGAGGUCACAUCUGCCAGGAACAACGGAAAUGCAAGCCCAGAUGCCCAAGGAAGUCCCAAUGAUACUGAUAGGAAGAGGAUGAGGCGUCCUUACAAUUCCAAGACAUUUAUUGUGCAGAUCAAUUUUGCUGCCAAGAUUCCCAUGCAAGCCAUUGCUAGCGCCCUGAAGGGGGUGGAAACUGAAAGCUCCCAAGAAGCAUUGAGAGUGUUGGAUAUCAUACUACGCCAACAUGCUGCAAAACAGGGCUGCCUUCUGGUACGACAGUCUUUCUUUCACAACGAUCCAAAGAAUUUUGUGGAUCUGGGAGGUGGUGUUCUGGGUUGCAGAGGCUUCCACUCCAGCUUUAGAACCACCCAAGGAGGAUUGUCUCUGAACAUUGAUGUAUCAACUACCAUGAUCAUCCAGCCUGGACCUGUUGUAGAUUUUCUGAUCAAAAACCAGAAUGCCAGAGAUCCAUUCUCUUUGGAUUGGGUUAAGGCAAAAAGAGUGUUGAAAAAUCUAAGGAUUAAAGUAAGCCCCACAAAUCAGGAGUACAAGAUCACUGGUUUGAGUGAGCGAAACUGCAAAGAUCAGCUGUAUGCUCUACACAUAGUGUUUCAAUUGAAACAGAAAGGUGAUGCUGAACCGCUGGAGAUCACCGUGUAUGACUACUUUGUUAAUCACAGAAACAUUGAGCUGCGGUAUUCAGGAGAUCUGCCUUGCAUCAACGUUGGGAAGCCCAAGCGGCCAACAUAUAUCCCUUUGGAGCUGUGCACCUUGGUUUCCCUUCAACGUUACACCAAAGCGCUGACUAAUCUUCAGCGUGCUUCACUAGUGGAGAAAUCAAGGCAGAAGCCACAAGAGAGGAUGGGUGUUCUGUCGCAUUCUCUGAAAACCAGCCGCUAUGACGAGGAACCCCUGUUGCGCUCAUGUGGUCUGUCAAUAAGCAAUAGUUUCACUCAAGUUGAUGGUCGUGUGCUGCAAGCUCCUAAGCUGAAAGUGGGCAAUGGGGAUGAUCUAUUUGCCAGAAAUGGCCGUUGGAAUUUUAAUAAUAAGAAACUGGUGCAGCCUUCCAAAAUUGAGAGAUGGGCUGUUGUCAACUUCUCUGCAAGGUGUGAUGUACGCAGGCUUGUGAAUGAUUUGUUGAGAUGUGCAGAAGCAAAAGGCAUUCCCAUUGAAGAUCCUCUUGCAGUUAUUGAGGAAAACCGACAGAUGUCUCGUGCUCCUGCUAUAGUGAGAGUGGAGAAGAUGUUUGAGGAACUCCAGCCUAAGCUUCGUGAUGCUCCAAAGUUUCUGUUGUGUGUGCUUCCUGAGAGAAAGAACUGUGAUGUAUACGGGCCUUGGAAGCGGAAGAAUCUUGCUGAGUUUGGAAUAGUUACACAGUGUAUGGCUCCACAAAAGCUGAACGAUCAGUAUCUUACAAAUCUUCUUCUGAAGAUCAAUGCCAAGGUUGGUUGCAAGAAUUCUCUCUACUGGCAGCUUGGUGGUCUGAACUCUUUGCUCUCUAUCGAGCACUCUCCUUCCAUACCUAUGGUAUCUAAGGUUCCUACCAUGAUCCUUGGGAUGGAUGUCUCACAUGGAUCUCCUGGACAGUCCGACAUCCCUUCAAUUGCUGCGGUGGUCAGCUCUCGUCACUGGCCUUUGAUUUCUCGAUACAGAGCUUCUGUACGAACUCAGUCCCCUAGAGUUGAAAUGAUUGAUUCCUUGUACAAGCGAGUGUCUGACACUAAAGAUGAUGGAAUCAUGAGGGAAGCACUCCUGGACUUCUAUGUGAGCUCUGGGAAAAGGAAGCCUGAUCAGAUCAUCAUAUUCAGGGAUGGUGUUAGUGAGUCGCAGUUCAAUCAAGUGCUCAACAUUGAGCUGGAUCAAAUCAUUGAGGCCUGUAAGUUCCUGGAUGAGAAAUGGAACCCAAAGUUUGUGGUCAUUGUAGCUCAAAAGAACCAUCACACCAAGUUCUUCCAGCCUAACGGUCCUGAGAAUGUCCCACCUGGAACGAUCAUUGACAACAAAGUUGGUCACCCAAAGAACUACGAUUUCUAUCUGUGUGCACAUGCUGGGAUGAUAGGAACUACAAGGCCCACCCACUACCAUGUUCUGCUGGAUCAGGUGGGUUUCCAAGCAGAUGAUCUUCAGGAGCUUGUCCACUCUUUAUCCUAUGUGUAUCAGAGAAGCACCACUGCCAUUUCUGUUGUUGCUCCUGUGUGCUAUGCUCACUUGGCAGCCACCCAGAUGAGCUCUUUUAUGAAGUUCGAGGACACCUCCGAGACUUCAUCCAGCCGAGGAGGGAUGACGGCUGCAGGGCCAGCGCCAGUUCCUGCCCUGCCAACGCUUACACCGAAUGUGGCCAACUCCAUGUUCUUCUGCUGAGAAGGUGGUGUUGUUGCUCAUGUGCUGGCAGUAAAUGUGAAGUGGUGGUUUUAUCCCUUUUGUUUGUGUACAUAAAGGGGGAAAUCAGGGAGGUUUGUUCCGAUUUAGCCUUAGUAGUAUGAAAAGUUUGAACAAUGGUAGUAGUGAACUAUGAGAAAGAUGAACUAUGGUAGUUGCGCUAGUGGUAGUAGUAACUAGUGUCUUGUGUCUGCGCUAUUUUGCGGUUGGAUCCUUUUUUGAUUGUUAAGUUUGCUCCUAAGCAAGCUAUAACAUAAUCACUUUCCGAAAUGAUCAUUAGUUUGGAGUUCCUGGUGGCUCUGCUUCUGGUUUCGUAGUAUCAUUAUCUCCUUCGAGGAUUCACAUUACCAUUCCACUACUUUGAGCAGCAAAAAGCCAAAAUUCUGAUUUCAAUCACUAGCAGAAGAACGUGGUUCGAAUCUAACACCACUACAACAAUAAAUCACUACACGAACUACAAAUGCUUCACAUCCCAGCAAACAGAGCACCACUACUACUCAACAGAACACCAAGAACCAAAAACAGGACAGCAGAGGUAAAUGGAAGAAGAGAGCCGCUGCUGCUCUCAACCGGGCGAGGCACCACGGGCUGCUGCUGCGGCGGAGGCGGCUCGGUAGUCACAUUCACCUCCAUCUUCAUCCCCUGCAUCGCACAGUAGCUUCCCCUGCUGCAGAUGAAGUAGUAAGGCCGCGCCUGCGUCAGGUUGAACACGUCCCUCCCUCCUCUCGUUAUGUUCGUAAUGAACCCUUCCCCACUGCAUUUGUCGUAGCCAGUCCUGUUCACCUCCAGCACGUCGUACAAUGUCUUGUUGAACCCGAAAUAGAGCCAGUCGCCGACGUAGAUUUCCUUCUGAGACGCCCAGAGAGUGAGGUUGGCGUUGGGUUCCCAGGUGGACCUCCCGCCGCCGACCCUGUAGAGGAUCGGCCACCUGGCCUCGGCUGCCGUGAAGAGGAGGAAGAAGGUGGUUGCUGUGACGGCGAGGAGGAACGACGACGGUGGGAGUCUGCUGGUGGGUAGCAUCUUGGAAAGCUCCAUUGACGGCGGUGUGGGGAAUUGGAAGCAGAGGAUCAGUUAAUAAGAGAGGAGAGGUUAAAGCUUCAAACGGCAUACGAGAUGCAUGAAGAGAGUUGGGGGGGGAAGGCGUCGGGUUUGGCAUGAGUUACU